AUUUUAAUUUGAUUUUUAAAAAUAAAAAUAAUACCGGUGCAACUCUAGUUACAAUUAAUUCGGAUAUCUAUUCGGCUUUUGAUUUGCUUUUGAAUUUUUUUGAUUCUAAAGAUAUAAGAUCCGUUUGGAUAAUCGAUAUGAUGAAUUCGAACCAAACUUUAUUUAGAUUUGGUUCAGUUCGGUUAUUCGAAUUCAGAAAAAUAUGACUAGACCUAAGAGAAAGGAUAAAACCUUCUCGGUGUUAUAGAAGGUUUUUGAAAUCUUGGUCAACUUCCCAAAAUACCCUUGUUCAGUUUUUCGUUUCUGUUUCUUCUUCUUCAGACAGAAACUCAAAACCAAAAAAAAAAGAAAAAGAAAAAUCAAUUUUGUGUUCAUCUUUUCUCUCCUCUUUAUGUACGAUGUGUUACGGUCACAAUCAAUCGUUUUCACGCAACACCCUCCGUAGCCGAUCCCACGACGGAGAAAACGAAGAUUCGUUGGUGGUCGACGAUCUUCGUGACCGGCUCGCGGAAACAGAGGCGCGGCUGCGACGAGCCAGAGCGAGAGAAGCGGAGCUCAGCCGUCGGUUAGAGCAGAUGAAGAGAUUCGUUUCCGUCAUGGAGAUCAUGGAGGCUUUCUUAGAACGGAGAUUCCAAGAGCAGAAAGAUCGAAUCGAUCGCCUCUUCUCAACCAAAUGAAGUAUCUUUCGUCUUCUUCCUCUCCUCUGUUUGUUUGUUCUGUUGCUAUGAAUCUCUUCCUCACUUAAAAACUCUCUCUUGUUGUUUGUGUUUUGAUAAUAUCAAUUAAUUAAAUUACAAAAUUAGAAACUUUUUUUUU